CAGCAGCAGGGUUGUGCGCGCGCCCGCCUCACAGGGCAAGUUUGGGGUAAAUGAGAGAGAAAGAGGCAGAGCGGCGCUGUGCGAGUGUGUGUGUGAGAGAGGACAAGAACAAGGAGGGAUAUUAUUGUCGCGUAAGCUUUCUCGCUUCGUUGUUAGAGAGCUAGCUGUUCCUGCACUACGGUAUGUCCGAUAACGGAGAAGUGGAGGACAAGCCGCCCGCACCACCUAUGAGGAACACCAGCACCAUGAUGGGAUCCGGUAUCAAAGAGCCAAGCGCAAUGAACCACACCUCCAAACCACUGCCACCCAACCCGGAGGACAAGAAGCGCAAGGACCGCUCCAUCCGCUCCAUCCUCACCGGAGGAGGAGAUAAGACCAAUAAGAAGAAGGAGCGUCCAGAGAUUUCUCUGCCGUCAGACUUCGAGCACACCAUCCAUGUGGGCUUUGAUGCCGUCACCGGGGAGUUCACUGGUAUGCCAGAGCAGUGGGCUCGUCUGCUCCAGACGUCAAACAUCACUAAGCUGGAGCAGAAGAAAAACCCUCAAGCCGUUCUGGAUGUCCUCAAGUUCUACGACUCCAAAGAGACGGCCAACAGCCAGAAGUACAUGAGCUUUACAGAUAAAAGCUCGGACAGUUACAGCUCAUCCAGUGUUCCGAACUCCAAAGCUGUGUCGGAAACCCCCGCCGUAGCAACCGUAUCCGAGGACGAAGAUGAGGAUGAGGCCACGCCGCCACCGGUGAUCGCCCCUCGACCCGAACAUACCAAAUCUAUUUAUACCCGCUCAGUAAUUGAGCCCCUGCCUCCCAUCCCUGCCAAAGAUGAACCCCCAUCUCCUGUCUCUCCUCCACCUGCUGAGGGAGGCAGUGCCACUCCAGCGGCCUCCUCUACCACGCCACGCGCCGCCGACAAGAACCGCAAGAAAAAGAUGUCGGACGAGGAGAUUCUGGAGAAACUGCGGAGUAUAGUUAGUGUGGGUGAUCCAAAGAAGAAAUACACACGCUUUGAGAAGAUUGGCCAGGGGGCAUCUGGAACGGUCUACACAGCAAUAGACAUCGCCACAGGACAAGAGGUGGCCAUCAAGCAGAUGAAUUUGCAGCAGCAGCCCAAGAAGGAGCUCAUCAUCAAUGAGAUUUUGGUCAUGAGGGAAAACAAGAAUCCCAACAUCGUUAAUUACCUGGACAGUUACCUGGUUGGCGACGAGUUGUGGGUGGUGAUGGAGUAUCUGGCUGGCGGCUCUCUGACCGACGUGGUGACCGAGACGUGCAUGGACGAGGCGCAGAUCGCCGCUGUGUGCCGGGAGUGUCUUCAAGCCCUGGAGUUCCUGCACUGCAACCAGGUGAUCCACAGGGACAUCAAGAGCGACAACAUCCUACUGGGAAUGGACGGCUCCGUCAAACUCACUGAUUUUGGCUUCUGCGCCCAGAUCACCCCCGAACAGAGUAAGCGCAGCACCAUGGUCGGCACUCCGUACUGGAUGGCCCCGGAGGUCGUAACCCGCAAGGCUUAUGGACCCAAAGUAGACAUCUGGUCCCUGGGCAUCAUGGCUAUAGAGAUGAUUGAGGGAGAGCCUCCAUACCUCAAUGAGAAUCCGCUGAGGGCGCUGUAUCUCAUUGCCACUAAUGGAACUCCAGAGCUGCAGAACCCCGAGAAGCUGUCGUCUGUUUUCCGAGAUUUCCUCAACCGCUGUUUAGAGAUGGAUGUGGAGAAAAGAGGUUCUGCCAAAGAGCUUCUACAGCAUCAGUUCCUGAAAGUGGCCAAGCCUCUCUCCAGCCUGACGCCGCUGAUCCUGGCAGCCAAAGAGGCGACCAAGAACAACCGCUAGCUCAGCACAGACGAGUACAGUGCCAUCUGUCUUCUCUGUUCUUCUACCCUAAACCCCACGGCACUCCUGUUAGCCCUACCUGUCUUUAUAGUGGGUGGGGACCUGUAGAUUUUCUGAUGUCAGGGACAUGGAGUGUGUGCGUGCGUGCGUGUAUGUGUGUGUGUGUGUGUGUGUGUGUCCGCUCACACACUUGACCAGAACGAUGGCAUCACUGUAUAUGAAGAAUCCACUGGAUGCAACAGUGGAGCCACGCUGUAUAUUUAACUAACAGGAUCAGAUCUGCAAGACUCCAUCUCGUCGAUUCAUUUGACUUUUACUUUUGCCCGUGUCUGUAUGUUUGUGGUACUUUAUGAAUGGGAUGAAGUGAUUUAAAUGGGUCUUCUUUUUUAAAAAAAAAUCACUUUUAAAAAAGAAAAAAAAAAAGAUGUUUUGUAUAUCCUUAUGCGUAUGAAGGACAGAAAUAGAUUAGUGGACGUUGCAAUAUGAAAUGCCGUAGGCUACUGCUCUACUGCGUCUCAUCGACGAAAGUCGGUGACGCUGGUACGGACCCGGAGGGGCGGCUGCUGCACGUGCGAAAAGUAAACAACGAAAAUAAAAAUGAACGUUAAACACGGAUGCUGUGCAUGAAGAGCGCAUCCUCAUCCUUUUCUAGUCCCUCACUUUCGCUUCUGUUAUUCUGUCCCUCUGCCCUUUAAAAUCAGGAUGUACAUUUCUUAUUGACAAAAUUAAAACACACUGUAGCCACAUGUGUUGUCAUGAACACUGAGUUAAUAGUGAUGUUUAAAAAAAAAAAAAAAAAACUUUUUUUUACGUAGUGCUGAUGUAUCCUUUGGCCUUAAACUGUGACGCAGAGGGAAGACAACUUCAUGAAGAUGGUACAGCCUGCUGUCCCUCAACCUUUUGCUUUACGCUGAUGAAUGGAAGAACUUCUUUCUCUUGUGUUUUUGAGCCAUAAACUCUGUUUAUAAGGCGUUUUGAUUAAAGAUUAAAGAUCUUAUCUGAAGCAGAAGAAAUAAACUGUACAAACGAAUUGCUAACGUCAA